AUGGAGAAUCCCGCCCCGGGCUUUCCAGCUCGGGCUGCCAUUCGUACUCUGGCCUUCCCAGAAAACCGCGCACCGUAUCGCAACUGUCCAGUCACAAGCUGUUGCAGCAAGACAUGCUCAGUUGUCAACAGGUUCUUCAGCAACUUCAUCAUUAUUCUCAACCAUCCCCACAUCACCUGCAUCAUACAUCAACCAACAACAAUCAAGUUCAGACGAUUCAUCCCCAUUAUCAUUUCAAUCCACCAGGAAUGUUGGGCAGAAGAAAUGAAUAUCUCCAACAAGCGCCACUACUUCAUUCUCACUAAUCUCGAACACAACACUAAAACCGAAUACACAACACUAAGACUAAAGCCGAAUAACGUCUAA